AGGAGGGGAAGGAAGGAAAGAAAGAAAGGAGGGGAAGGGGAGAAGGGAAAGAAAGAAAUGGAUAAAUUUGUAGUCCGUAUUUCAAAGAAUGAUGAAGCAAAACAAGGACAAAAACAGGAGGAGAAAGUGUACAAACAGGCUACAAUAGAGUCUUUAAAGAGAGUUGUGGUGAUUGAGGACAUCGAAAGGUUCAAGUCUAUCUUGGAGUUGCCCGGUCAGACCAAAGAGAACAUAUUAAAUGCUCUGACAGAGCUGGACAAGAAAGUCCCUUCCAGAGAAGUCCUCAAGUCCACCAGGAUUGGUCACACAGUGAACACGCUGCGUAAGAAGCACCCAGACGCUGAGGUGAAGUCUUUAGCUCGGCAGGUUUACACACACUGGAGGACUUUCAUCGAGGCGAACGCCAACAAGCCUUCACUCGAGGUCCGCUGUGAUAAACAGAGCGAGGAACUGAGGAGCAACGCCAGAAAGAUCCUGGCUAACAGCUUGGGGUUAGAGGCUGAUGCUGCCCUGGUGGACAACGUGGAGAGGGAAGUGUUUCACCAGUGCUCACGAUUAAUCAGCAGAGCGUACAGGAGGACCGUGAGGGCGCUGGUGUUCGCUCUCAAACACAAACCGGACCUCGGAGCUCAGGUGAAGGACAGCAGGAUCGCUGUUAAUGUCCUCGUCAGCAACCACAAGAAGAAACUGUGAUGCUGAUAUCAAAGAGACGACACACACACGCACACAGACAUACACACACACACCCUCACGGAUAAACACACACAUGCACACAGAUACAGUCAAAGAUACACACAACCUCACUAAUUAACACACACAUAUAAACACACACAUACAGAUAAAUACAUCCCCUCAAAGACAAACAAACACACACACACAUUCUCACAUACACACACAUUCUCACACACACAUUCUCACACACACAUUCACACACACACACACACAUUCUCACGCACACACACACACGCGCACACACACACACUCACACACACACAUUCACACACACACAUUCAGACACACAUUCACACACACAUUCACACACACUCACACACACAUUCACACACACACACAUUCAGACACACAUUCACACACACAUUCACACACACACACACACACACACUGAACAUAAGUCUGUACUAUAUAGUACAGUUUUAAAUAGUUUUUAACAGAUAAGUAUAAAGUAAACCACAUUUAUAGCUUUCAUUUAAAAACACAAAUCUAAUAAUCUGCAUUUGGUUUAUUUGAUCUUAUUAUCGUGUUUUAUUGUGCUACACAGCUUUU